ACGAGAAGGCUUGCUCGAUCUGAGGGAUUGCCAGCACAUCAGAAGGGGCUGGGAGCCGGGGGAGGAGAUUGGAGGGAGAGGUAAUCCCUGGCGUUUUGAGCAUCCCCUUUUUAGAAAGACAGACGGAAUCUCUCCCAGGACAGCUGCUGCGGUCACACCACAAACUUAAAAGCCGCCCUCCUGCUUGGAGCGUGCCUUUCCCCACCACGCUCGCUCCUGGCCUAAGCACCAACUGGUGGGUCGCUGUCCGUAGAGCGAGCGCUGCGCUCGGGGGCACAGGAGCGCCCCCUGCCUCCCCGCCUGGCUGUAACCGCGGCCUCGCUGCUCCGCCAGGGCCGCCUGUGCUCCGCGGUUCAGCCCGGGCUGCGACUCCAAAGAACUCGCGCCUGUGCCCGCGAUCGCCGUCCUCUUGGCUUCCUCUGGCGGUCCUUUCUUCUCUCCUGAGCCUGAGACCUAAGAAAAGGAAAAGCGACAAGAGUUGCCAGCAGGAAGGGUGAACUAACACCAUUUGAAAGAUAAAAUUUUCAUCAUGAAUGCUAAUAAAGAUGAAAUCCCAAGGUCCAGAAGUCAAGAUCUUCACCCUUUUCAUGCUUGGAUGAUGUUAAUCAUGACUGUGCCAUUUCUUCCUGUCACUGAAACAUCUAAACAAAAUAUUCCACGACUCAAGCUAACCUACAAAGACUUACUGCUUUCAAACACCUGUAUUCCCUUUUUGGGUUCAUCAGAAGGACUGGAUUUCCAGACUCUUCUUCUGGAUGAGGAGAGGGGCAUACUGCUCCUAGGAGCCAAAGACCAUGUCUUCCUUCUCAGUCUGGUUGACUUGAACAAGAACUUUAAGAAGAUUUAUUGGCCUGCUGCAAAGGAACGAGUGGAACUAUGUAAAUUAGCCGGGAAAGACGCCAAUACAGAAUGUGCAAAUUUCAUCCGUGUGCUUCAACCCUAUAAUAAGACUCAUGUCUAUGUGUGUGGAACUGGAGCAUUUCAUCCACUGUGUGGAUAUAUUGAUCUUGGAGCCAACAAGGAGGAACUCAUUUUUAAGCUAGACAUGCAUAACCUGGAGUCUGGCAGACUGAAAUGCCCCUUUGAUCCUCAACAGCCUUUUGCUUCAGUAAUGACAGAUGAGCACCUCUACUCUGGAACAGCUUCUGAUUUCCUUGGCAAGGAUACUGCAUUCACAAGGUCCCUCGGGCUGAUGCAGGACCACCAUUACAUCAGAACUGACAUUUCAGAGCACUACUGGCUCAAUGGAGCAAAAUUUAUUGGGACAUUCCCCAUUCCAGACACCUAUAAUCCAGAUGAUGAUAAAAUAUAUUUCUUCUUUCGGGAAUCAUCUCAGGAAGGCAGCACUUCUGACAGAAGCAUUCUUUCAAGAGUUGGAAGAGUUUGUAAGAAUGAUGUAGGUGGGCAACGAAGUCUGAUAAACAAGUGGACUACUUUUCUUAAGGCAAGACUGGUAUGCUCAAUUCCUGGAAGCGAUGGGGCAGAUACCCAUUUUGAUGAACUUCAAGAUAUUUACUUACUCCCCACAAGAGAUGAAAGAAAUCCUGUAGUAUAUGGAGUCUUUACCACAACCAGCUCCAUCUUCAAAGGCUCUGCUGUCUGUGUGUACAGCAUGGCUGAUAUCAGAGCAGUUUUUAAUGGUCCCUAUGCUCAUAAGGAAAGUGCAGACCAUCGUUGGGUGCAGUAUGAUGGCAGGAUACCUUAUCCCCGACCUGGAACGUGUCCAAGCAAAACCUAUGACCCACUGAUUAAGUCCACCCGAGACUUUCCAGACGAUGUUAUCAGUUUCAUAAGGCGGCACCCGGUCAUGUAUAAGUCCGUGUACCCAGUAGCAGGAGCACCAACCUUCAAGAGAAUCAACGUGGAUUACAGACUGACACAGAUAGUGGUGGAUCACGUGGUCGCCGAAGAUGGGCAGUAUGAUGUCAUGUUUCUCGGAACAGACGUUGGAACGGUUCUGAAAGUUGUGAGCAUCUCCAAGGAGAAGUGGAAUAUGGAAGAGGUAGUACUAGAGGAGCUACAGGUAUUCAAGCACCCAACAGCCAUCUUGAACAUGGAGCUGUCGCUGAAGCAGCAACAGUUGUAUGUUGGUUCCUGGGAUGGAUUGGUUCAGCUCUCCUUGCACAGAUGCGACACUUAUGGGAAAGCAUGUGCAGAUUGCUGUCUCGCCAGAGACCCUUACUGUGCUUGGGAUGGAAAUGCUUGCUCCAGAUAUGCACCCACUUCUAAAAGGAGAGCUAGACGCCAGGAUGUAAAGUAUGGGGAUCCAAUCACUCAGUGCUGGGACAUAGAAGACAGCAUUAGUCAUGAAACAGCUGAUGAAAAGGUGAUUUUCGGAAUUGAAUUUAAUUCAACCUUUUUGGAAUGUAUACCUAAAUCCCAACAAGCCUCUGUUGAGUGGUACAUCCAGCGGUCAGGAGAUGAGCAUCGAGAGGAGUUGAAACCUGAUGAAAGGAUCAUCAAAACGGACUAUGGGCUACUGAUUCGAAGUCUGCAGAAGAAGGACUCUGGGAUGUAUUACUGCAAAGCACAGGAGCACACUUUCAUCCACACCGUCGCGAAGCUGACUUUGAAUGUCAUUGAGAAUGAACAGAUGGAAAAUACCCAGAGGGCAGAAUACCAGGAGGGCCAGGUCAAGGAUCUGCUGGCUGAGUCACGGUUGAGAUACAAAGACUACAUCCAAAUCCUUAGCAGCCCGAACUUCAGCCUGGACCAGUACUGUGAGCAGAUGUGGUACAGGGAGAAGCGGAGGCAGCGCAACAAGGGCGGCCCAAAGUGGAAGCACGUGCAGGAACUGAAGAAGAAACGAAAUCGACGACAUCACAGAGACCUGGAGGAGCUUCGCAGAUCAGUGGCUACAUAGUUUUCUAUUUAAUUUAAAGAGGGAAUUACUUACCUGCCUGCACAAAUAAUGUCUUCUGUUUUGUACAUCCCUAAUCCUAACUCAUACAUACUCAUGGAGUCUCCCUGAGGCACAGGAUGCUAUGCUGAAUAAGACUGUAUAGGACAUCAUCUGAACCAGCUUUCUAAGAAAAGUCGAGAAUUGUCUUAAAAAGAGGGGCCUUAUGUUUCUAAAUGUUUUAUAGUUAGAAUUUAAUGAUAUGUAAAGAAGCAAGCUAAGUGAACACUUGGAUCCACUGAGUAAGGUGCUUUACUCCCAAGCAUGUUCCCCCGUGCUGUUUGUUGGCUAUGGUCUUAGAAGCAGCUUAAUCAUUCCAUUCUAGAACAGGGGAUCGUGUAGGAACGGGAGAAAAGGCACAAAUUAAAAGAGCUUAAGUUAGUGACAGGAACUUUCUCAAGGAGCCAAAAGCCCACACUUGGAGCCGGGCAUGGGAAUUUAGAAAGGUGCGUUCCCUCUUUCUGGAAACAUCUAGUGUACUACAGUAGCGCUUUGUGGGAGAGUGUUAAUGAUCCUAAACAGGUUCCUUUUGAUUGGUCAAGACAAACAGCGUCACAGACAGAACUGGAUGCUCAGUGAUGUGCUCUAAAAUACAUGCUGUAGGAACUUAGUACACAAUUUCUGUGAACUUUGGGAAACAUGGUAGAAGAUCUUAAUAUAACAACAAGGACAACAUGAUGUACACAGUGUCCUAAUCUGUAGAUGGGAAUGUUAGGAGGCAGACAGAAGGGUAGCUAUAAAUUCCGGCUCCGAGAAAAACUUAUAUUGCCACAGGAAAGGGAAAAAGCCACAAAGUAGAUGGAAUGUAAUGGAAUUCUUUCCACUAGAGGAUAAAUAUCUGCCAACCUGUAAUGUUCUGGUUAAAAAUAAUUUAGAUUAUAGCAAAUUGUUAGCAAAAGUGCAAGUGAAAGUAAACUUUGUAAAAGAAAAAUUUAUGGAAUGGCAAUAUUUUAUUUAUAACCAAUGUAUUUCUGUGUUCUUCUUUUUUCUAAGUAUUUAUCAUAUUCUGUACAUUGUUUGCAUUUACAUCCUUUAUUUUAUUAUAUUUCAGUAAAUAGGAGAAAGCAAUAUGUAAUACAUAGAGAGAAUUGAGUAGAUGACCAAGGUGGGGAGUGGGGAUAUAUAUUCAUUGAAUGGAUUGAUAAGGGCAAAAUUUUUAUGACGGGAAGGGUUAAAUUAACUCUUUGACAUCUCUUUACAUAAACUUUCAAGCAGCAUUGUUUUUUUAGCAGUUUUACAAGUAAGUCUUCCACAUGUAAAAAAACACAUCAUUAGCAUAAAUACCAUUUGAAUUUUGCUAGCAUGUGUCAAAUUCAUCUUUUCCUCUGAACAGUAUUUUCCUGCCUGUCUCUCCAGAAAUCACCUUUCCUUCCUAUAGCACAAAGCCCUUAGCCUUCCUCUGUUUUGCCUUUUCACGCCCUUUAUAGUGUGAAAUGAACAAUUAGUCACUUCCUCACGAAGAAUGCAGCUUUUUGGAAAACCAACAGAACUUGCUUGUUUCUCAUGCAUUCUACAUGUUUUGAAAGAGUCUGUGAGAAGCCCGUGUGAUUAAAGACCAGUGUUACAGAGUCAAGCAAUCUCUCAGUUCAAAGUAGCAUCAGUAUUUUGCAUUCAUUUAAUUUGCAUUGGGUACCUAUCUCAAGGGCAGGCCAUUGAUCUACAAGGUCUAGUAUAAUAAUAAAUAUUUGUAGAUGCUUUACUCUAAGAAAAAGCAAAAGUGAAGGAACAAUUUUAAUUUGUAAGCCAGAAUGAAUUAUAUCUCUGGCAGAGAUGCAUACAAAUUCUUGUCUCAUGGUCAGACUACUAAUCAUGUAUCACACAAGGGUGUUUAUCUAUUGGCUUACUGAGUCCUACAAAGUCACAGCAAGUCAGUGGGUGCAUGCUUCAUUAAAAAAUACUUUCAGAUAGUUGUAUAUGAAAAAUUACACAAGGCUAUACUAUUUGUAUUGAUGUCUGAAAAUUAAUUUUACAUAGAUAAUAAUGUCCAAACUAUCUUCUAAUUAUUUAUGUAAUUAGAAAUAUAAUUUUUUAUCAAUAUUCUGUAAGUCUACUUUACUUCUUAGGUUUAAAAUUUUGGCUGCUUUGAACAUAAAAUUACUAAUGAUGUUUAAAUAUAAUAUAAAAACUAUUUGGAAAAUAAGAUUACAUAAUAAAUUUGGGGCUAAGAUUUAUGUGUAUUUUAAAACACAGACAAUAGCUAAGCAAUAUUCAGUUUUAUUCAAAAGACUUAGAAGAGUGUGAGAAAGCUAGUGUAACUAGUAAAUGCAAUGUGUACUUCCUUAUCAUUGAGGAUGAACAACUCUGUAUUGAAAUAAUGAAAAAGCAGAACAUUGCUCAAAGUUUCAAAUAUUAAAGGCAACAGAUCUCCCAGAAGCGACUCUGAACUAUAUAGUUAUUAAUUUUUUAUAUAUUUUUCUGUCUUCAGUACAUGUCUUUAGCUUCCUUGAGUGUUUUUGCUGUGUGUUUAUUUAGUCCUUUGUGCUGCUAAAUGGAAGUAUGCCUGAAUGAGUUCAUUUACAUUUAAUUUAUUGGGAAUUUUAAGAGUUUGUUUUGAAAUGGAUAAUCUAAAUAAUCAAUUUGUGUAAAAUCCUCUGUUUUUCUUUCCCCAAAGAGCUCAACAUUGUAUAUCACAUGAUGGAGAAACAUUUCAGAAGAAACAGUCAAAUUACUUAACAAAAUGCAAAAUAGUCAUAGAAAAAAUGAGAACAUUGCAGAAACCACAGCAGCUCUCCGGGUUUCAUUCACAAUCCCUGGAUCUUUUGUUUAAAGUAAGACUUACUUAAAACAUGCCUGCAAUAUUAUUAUCAUGUUUUUGGACUCUUUCAUUGUGCUACACUUUGAUUUUUUUCAUAUAUUAAACAUUACAUGCUAUUCCUACUGAAUUGGUGAUCUUACAAGAGUGACUACUUAUUGACUGACAUAACCAGGAGUUUCCAGGACAAUUUGUGUCAUUUCAUUCACACGAAAAAAUAAAAUUAAAGAAGACUACUCAGUAAACAUUGAUUAUUCUCAAGCAUUUAUCUAAGAUAUAUCACACACAUUUUACUGAGACAGAUUAAAGUGAACUUGGGAAUCCCUUCUCUUCAGAAUACCAUCUUGUAGCAGUCAGUGUGUUUCAAAUGACAUGUCAUUUUGAGAAUGGGUAACUUUUUAAAAUAGAAAUAUAUAUUUCCUCAUAUUAGAUGAUCACAAUAUUACAAUUUACAGUAUGUAAGGUUAAAAAUCCAUAAGACUUAAAAUUUACAGAUUUGGAAAUUGAAAAUCCAUGUACAUAAGAAUGCUCAGGCUUUGUAACUCUUGUUUAAAUAUUUUGUAAUGUAAGAUAUUUAUGAAAAUUUGAAACAUAACUUUCUGGGAAAGAAAAAUAAAACCUGUCAGAAACCACAGUUUAUCUUCACUUCAAGCAUUGUCAGUGGUGGUUAUCAAUGAAUUUGAAUAAUUUUACUUUUAAAAAACUGUAGUCUUGUAGUAUACCAUAAUUAAAAUUGUUAAAUGUAUAUUUUGUUUGUAUUAUAAUAAAACACAAGCAUCAGUGUUCUAUUAUUAUAA